AUGUCUUCGAAGUGGCUCUUUCGAGCAUACUCUGAUCGCUCACAAGGAUUCAACUCUAGCACCCUCUUUGCGCCCAAGGCAGCACUGAAUUUGCCGGAUCCACGACACUAUCGUUGUCCAGACUUCGACAAGGCCGCCGAGCUAGAACUGGCUCUCAAGUGGAACCCAGAAUCGGACCGCUUAAUCUUUUUCAGCAACUCUCUGCUAUUCGCACUCGCAGUUGCUGCUUAUCGAGAUUCCUCCGGCGAGAGCGAUAUCAACAUCGUCUGCAUCGAUACCGACUAUGCCCGGACGCCCUUUGGAGAGAAAGUCGUUUUUGAGAAUGCGGCGAGCAUAUUUGAGACGUCCAACCACGCCGGCAUCAAGAAUUCCGACGGUAGUCAACGUAGCUGCUCUGAUGUCUUUGUCGCGACAGAGUGCGUCGAAUUGGGACGCGCGUCUUGCGCAAGCUACGAGGUCCUGAAAGGAGCAGGUCUGUAUGCUCUGUUUCCCAGAUAUGCACCUCAGUUGAACAGAAGUGGCAUGCAAUAUCGGCGACGUUUGAACAUUGUGAUCGAGGAUAUGAGAGCAUACGGGUUCAAAGGGGUCCAUUCAUGGACAGCAGGUCAAAUCGAUACCAUGGCAGCUCUUGCGUCUGCUUUCCGAACGACAGCUGGACGACGUUCGACGUUCCCAGUGCAUGUGCUGGCGGCUUUUCUGGCAUUUAAGAAGGCGGAUCCUUCACAUACAGUUCUGCGGUCAUGGCUCCGAAGAACUCGCCGAGAUGUCGUGAUGCUCGACGAGGAUGAUAUCUUGGCGAAUGAGAAUGAAUCGGAGAUUGAGCAAGUCCACGAGAAUAUCGGCUUGGGACCAGAGGUCAUUCUUCAGCUUGAUAUGAUGGAGACGCUUCGCCGCUUCCAGGUCACGGAGUUGUCCACUACAAUGAACAUACCGCUUUCCGAAGCAGAGAUCAACGGCGAGAUAGAAGCGUGGGAGACCUGGCUGUGGGACAAACACCAAUUAUGGCGUCGUCAACGCGAUGAAACCUCUCGAAAGCCGUCAAGGGACCUCCAGAAUUCUCGCAGUCGAAAAAGAGGUCGAGGUGAUCGCUCAAGGUCACACAACCGAGGCCGCACAAGACCGAGUAACGCGAAUUACCAGCGGGCCAUCGAUACUGGCAGCACCAUAGAUCGGACUUCUUCGUCGCAGCAAUCACAACUAGUCAAGAAGAAAAGGCAGUACACUCCUGGCAAUGAUGGGAGCAGUCUCGAUACCGCAAUCCUGCUAUCUGACUCUGACGAAGAGGCGGAGAAGUCGGACGGGAUGGCCUAA